AUGGACCCUCGUAUACGGCAGUUGUACCGGCAAUUGCUCUUCAUGGGUCGAGACUAUCCCGUCCAGUCUGGAGGAUAUGGCAAGUUUCGAACUCAAUUGAAGAGAUCAUUUGAGAAGACUGAAGUGGUAAGUGAAGAGCAACUACAGAAAGCUCUAGCAAAGGGUGACUAUGUGGUCAAG